UUGUCCUUCAGUUGUUUGCGUUGCUACGUGUUGGAGUUGUCCUUGUUUGUUCUCUGUUUCAAUUUGAUAUUUUACGUUACAAUUUUAUUGAAGUUACUACUGAAGAUUCUUUCGACUCAGCGAAUUUCGACGUCUUGAAGAUGGCAACAACGGUACGUGCCAAUGUUUUAAACCGCGUUGAUCAGGAGAAUCCUGCCAAAGGUAAAUCCGCCGCAAUUAUCAAGAAAAGAACCGCCAACCCAGUUACCAGACAUGCACUAGGAUCAGUUACUAAUCAACGUUUUGGCAGCAAAAAUAUUGGCGUCAAACAAGAACUGAAGAAACCUGUCACAGCCAGACAAAGGGUUACAGCUUUGAAGGUCAGAGAUAACAAAAAUGUGGAAACGAAACAAAUACCAGUUAAAGAUGCCGAACCUGCUCCAAUGGAAAUGGGAACACCCAGUAAAAUUCCAGAUGUUGAAGAAAAAAACAUUUUUGACAGAUCCAGCAAACCAGAAAUUGAAAAUAUUGAUGAAAAUGAUGCAGAAAAUCCACAGCUCUGUUCAGAGUUUGUGAAUGAAAUCUAUCAAUACAUGCUUUACCUUGAAGCCGAAUAUCCCGUCAAAAAGCAUUAUCUUAAAGAUACGUCAUUAAAGUCUCGAAUGAGAUCAAUUUUGGUAGAUUGGUUGUUUCAAGUCCAUCAGAGAUUUGGUCUUCUGCAGGAAACUCUUUACUUGACAAUCGCGAUUUUGGAUAGAUUCCUUCAGCUUCAGCCAGUCGUCCGUACUAAAUUGCAAUUGGCUGGUGUUACUGCUAUGCUAUUAGCGUCAAAGUAUGAGGAGAUGUAUGCUCCAGAAGUGAGCGAUUUUGUCUAUAUCACAGACAAAGCUUUCACCCGAUCCCAAAUUUUACAAAUGGAAAUUUUCAUCUUGAAAACCCUGGAUUUUAAUCUGGGCCGUCCACUCCCAUUACAUUUCCUGCGAAGAAAUUCUAAAGCAGGUCAAGUUGAUGCUAACCAACAUACUUUGGCAAAAUACCUCAUGGAAUUGGCAAUGGUAGACUAUGAAAUGUGCCAUGUACCACCAUCAAGACUUGCUGCAGCUGCACUCUGUCUCUCAACAAAAUUGCUUGAUGACAAUGAUUGGACCCCGACUUUGGAACAUUACAGCAGAUAUUCUUAUGAACAAUUAGCUCCUGUUGUGUGUCAUUUGGCUAAAAAUUUAAAAGCUGCUGAGACGAGCACAUAUUUAAAUGCAAUUCGUAACAAGUACUCCAGCCAUAAGGCUUUCAAAAUUGCCCUGAUUGAUGAAGUAAAAUCACCGUUAGUCGCUGAACUGGCUGAAAAAGCCGCCACAAUCGUAUUGUAAAUUAGCAUCUAUGUUUGGCUCAAAUAAAUGACUGAAUUCCGGUCCAUGUAGGUUAGUGUCGGGCUCUAUGGCUGUUGAAUGAUUUCGGAUCUCAUCCGAACCGUGUUUUUAUGUAUAUAUGUUCAGAUUCUGAGCAGACAAUUUAUUGUCAAGUGUAUUUUGUGCACUUUUUAAUCUCUUGUAUUGUAAGCAUUUUUCAAUAAAUCUCAGUGUAUGAAGUUUCAUGUUUUAAUAAAGUGAUUCAAGCAGUU